AUGAUAGUACAUUUUGUAAAACAAAAAGUUUCCUUUCUGGUUUCAAACGAACUUAUUUUUAUCGCGUUUCCAGCAUCUUCAUGUCAAUUUUUGGGCUUUUGUGAUGAGAACUUCCAAAAUUCCACAAUUUUGAAAAUCUGA